GAGAGGGACAAUCUUGCGGGGCAAUCAUGCCGUGCGCAAUGCGCAACGGUUUCCGAACAAGUGGAUGAAUCGGGAUGGAUGUGAUGCCCCGCCGGAUCGUCGGCUUUUCGAGGAGAACGUCCCUUUACCACCUUUGAUUUCCUUGACUUACGUCACACACGCGUCUCGUAACACGCAUGCACGUGAAAUUUCGCAAAUAUCUCACGGCUACCGCGGGCGCCGUUACUCACCGACGACGACGGCGGGCAGCGAUCGCUCCGAUAAAAUGGAGCAAGUCAUAUGUGGAAAGUUCGGCCAUGGCAUUUUGCUAGUCGCCAAAACCACCAGGCACCCGGUGACGAUCGUCACCACGCGGAAGCUGAUGUCCGGAAAGUUCGGCAGACACUGCAGGCCGUUGCUGGCGUCGCCGCAAUUGAGAUACUUCGCGAAUCCGCAUCGCGGAUACGCCAUGCUGAUAACGAGGAUAUUGAGGGGAGCGUUGAAAAUUCGAUACCUUCUCUUAGGCGGUGCGGUCGGUGGUGGCGUUACCUUGCAGAAGAAAUACGAGCAGUGGAAGGAGGGUCUGCCGGAUUUGGGAUGGCUGGAAAAUCUGAUGCCCAGCGAUAAGGGAUGGCAAGACUUCCGCGAGUCGCUCAUGGCGAUUAAGAGCAACGUGGCCGACAAGAUCGAGAUCGAUCCACGCAUAAAGGAGUUUGGGGUAGCUAAGUAUCGGGAGUAUAGGACCUGGUUCGAUCAAAGACUGGAUAACGCUAUUAAGGCAGCGGAAAGCCAUCAGAAUAGUUACCAAGAGAAUAGCUCGAUACAGAGUGCAUUUGAUACCAUCUCGAUGGUAGCAAAACAAAGUUAUUCAGCAGACACAAAAGAGCAGUUGUCCAAAAAUGUGGUUGCCUUUGCACGUCCAUUGGCUAGUGAUAAUAAUACUGAGGAGGAACGUAAGAAAGCUCAAUCUUCGCAACAGAGGAUGAACGCCAUGCAGGACGAGCUGAUGCAGAUGCAACUGAAAUAUCAACGCGAGAUAGAGAGACUGGAAAGGGAGAACAAAGAAUUGCGCAAGCAGAUACUUUUACGAGGGAGUCAGAAGUUUACCAACAAAAAGAUCAAGAAGUCAUUAAUCGAUAUGUACAGCGAUGUCUUGGAUGAGCUUAGCGACUACGAUAGUGCCUAUUCCACUGCUGAUCAUUUACCCAGAGUAGUGGUCGUCGGUGACCAGAGCUCCGGCAAAACAUCCGUACUCGAAAUGAUUGCUCAGGCAAGAAUAUUUCCAAGAGGCGGAGGUGAAAUGAUGACGAGAGCGCCAGUCAAAGUCACACUGAGCGAGGGCCCGUAUCACAUAGCGCAAUUCAAAGACAGCUCCAGAGAAUUCGAUCUCACGAAGGAGUCGGAGUUGGCCGAGCUCAGACGGGAGGUGGAGCUGCGAAUGAAGAAUAGCGUUAAGAACGGAAAGACGGUCAGCCCGGACGUCAUUUCCAUGACGGUGAAGGGACCGGGCCUUCAGCGUAUGGUUCUAGUCGAUCUACCUGGUAUUAUUAGCACGGUGACCGUCGAUAUGGCCGAGGACACUCGCGAGGCGAUCAAACAUAUGAGCCAGCAGUAUAUGAGCAAUCCCAACGCGAUCAUUCUCUGCAUACAAGACGGCUCCGUUGACGCGGAAAGGAGCAACGUGACUGACCUCGUGGCUCAAAUGGAUCCAUCGGGCAAGAGAACGAUCUUCGUUUUGACGAAAGUUGACAUGGCGGAAGAAAAUUUGACUAAUCCCGAAAGAUUGCGCAAGAUAUUAUCUGGUAAACUGUUCCCGAUGAAAGCGCUAGGCUACUUCGCCGUAGUCACUGGUCGUGGCAGACAGGAUGACAGUAUACAGACGAUCAAGGAUUACGAGGAGAAGUUCUUUAGAAACUCUAAACUCUUCAAAGACGGCUUAGCAAUGUCUGGUCAAGUGACCACCAAGAACUUGAGUCUGGCGGUAGCUGAAUGCUUCUGGAAGAUGGUUCGUGAGACGGUGGAACAACAAGCGGACGCGUUCAAGGCCACGCGAUUCAACUUGGAGACGGAAUGGAAGAACAAUUUUCCGAGGUUGAGGGAACUGGACAGAGACGAGCUCUUCGAAAAAGCGCGGGGCGAAAUUUUGGACGAGAUAGUCAACUUGUCCCAGGUAUCACCGAGACACUGGGAGGAAGUGCUGAUGGCUCGAAAUUGGGACAAAGUCAGCAUGCACGUUUUCGAGAACAUUUACCUGCCAGCUGCUCAAAGCGGAAAUCCAAAUACGUUUAACACCACUGUCGACAUUAAGCUCCGGAAUUGGGCGGAACAACAACUGCCCGCGCGUAGCGUCGAAAGUGGAUGGGAAUGUUUGCAGCAGGAAUUUCAGAAUUUUAUGUCGCAGGCUCGGCUCAGCCCGGAUCACGACGAUAUUUUCGACAGCCUCAAGAACGCCGUAGUAAAUGAGGCGAUGAAGCGUCAUUCGUGGGAAGAGAAGGCGUCGGAAAUGCUACGCGUUAUCCAACUUAACAUCUUGGAAGACAGAAGCGUGAACGACAAGCGUGAUUGGGACCAGGCAGUACGGUUCCUGGAAACCUCGGUUAAGGAAAAAUUGCUGAGUACCGAACAGAUUCUGCGCGAUAUGCUGGGGCCUAAUCGCAAGGAACGAUGGAUGUACUGGCAGAGCCAAUCCGAGGAGCAACAGAAACGCACAGCGGUCAAGAACGAGCUGGAUAAAAUUCUUUACGCCGACAAGAGACACGCACCUACUCUAACGCAGGACGAGCUUACGGCUAUUAGGAAGAACCUACAGAGAAACGGAUUUGAGGUUGACAACGAAUUCAUUCGGGAUACGUGGCAUCCUGUGUACAGGAGAUAUUUCCUGCAGCAGAGUUUAGCGAGAGCGUACGAUUGCAGAAAAGGGUAUUACCUAUACCACACCGGGCACGAAAACGAGAUGGAAUGCAACGACGUAGUGCUCUUCUGGCGAAUUCAGCAAAUGCUGAAAGUCACCGCGAAUGCACUUAGGCAACAAAUCAUGAAUAGAGAGGCUCGGAGGCUGGACAAGGAGAUCAAGGAGGUCCUCGAGGACUAUAGUCAAGAUAAUGAAAUUAAGGCGAAGCUACUCACAGGCAGACGAGUCACAUUAGCGGAAGAACUCAAACGGGUUAGGCAGAUUCAAGAGAAACUAGAAGAAUUUAUUCAAGCGCUAAAUAAGGAGAAAUGAACGUAGUAAAUGGAAUUAAAGUUGAGCACCAUAUCGCACGCAAAGCGGAUCUUUGAGACGCGAUUCGCGAUUGAGCGGGUGGUACAUAAAUGAGUAUUUGGACCUCGAUGUCUCGGAAAAAAAAAAAUACCUCGUGAAUAGACAUUUCUACACGUUUGAUUUGGAAAAUUGAAGAUCGCCAAUUGAAGAGUCGAAUUCACGACUCGCCAAGUAUGUUAGUACGGGCACGUGAUAGCCCACAAAGUGACCGCUCAUGGUCUAGUAACUUUGUAACAUAAACAAUAAUAAUAGGUCGAAAUCUCCGCGCUCUGAUACAAUUCAGAAUUGUAAAUAUGCGAUAUGUGAUCGAAAUGUGGAAGAAUCUUAAUUUAUGUGUACAAAGAUUCUUAAAAUUAUUGAACAAUGACAUUACGAUUUCUUAAACAACCAUAUUUAUACAAAAAGGUAAUAGAAUAGCACUAUCAUGUUAUGAUUAUAAAUUUUGUUGUACCAGCGAUAAUAAUAGCGAUCAAAGGCUGUUAUUACGAUAUAUUGCACAGACUGUAUACAAAAAUUAAUGAAAAUAUAUAAUAUAUAUAGGAUGCUAUUCGAAUAAAUUAACGAUGGAUUCAUGUGUCU